CUCCACAAUCACCCAUCACAUCCUCCCUUCCUGCUGAGCUGAGCACGCCCCUCUGCUGCACGCCCCUUCUCCCUCCCAACCUUGGGCUUGAGGCAAUGGCGGCGCUCGCUCCGACCAAGAUGCUCGGCACCCGGCUCGACUUCGCCGGCUCCUCCAGGUAUGCCACAGCGGCGCCGACUGCCGGCGCGCAGAAGAUCGUCUCCCUCUUCGACCGCUUCAACAAGAAGCCUGCCCCGAAGCCGAAGCCCGCGCCCGUGGCCACCUCGAGCGCCGGCAUCGACGACGAACUCGCCAAGUGGUACGGCCCUGACAGGAGGAUCUACUUGCCCAACGGCCUCCUUGACCGGUCGGAGGUGCCGGAGUACCUCAACGGCGAGGUUCCCGGAGACUACGGCUACGAUCCUUUUGGUCUGGGCAAGAAGCCAGAGGACUUCGCCAAGUACCAGGCCUUUGAGCUCAUCCAUGCCAGGUGGGCCAUGCUCGGCGCCGCCGGAUUCAUCAUCCCCGAGGCGCUCAACAAGUUUGGCGCGAACUGCGGCCCCGAGGCCGUUUGGUUCAAGACCGGCGCCCUGCUCCUUGACGGCAACACCCUCAACUACUUCGGCAACAGCAUCCCUAUCAACCUGAUCCUCGCCGUCGUCGCCGAGGUCGUCCUCGUCGGAGGCGCCGAGUACUACAGGAUCACCAACGGACUGGAAUUCGAUGACAAGCUCCACCCAGGCGGCCCGUUCGACCCGCUCGGCCUCGCCACCGACCCCGACCAGGCGGCGCUGCUCAAGGUGAAGGAGAUCAAGAACGGACGGCUGGCCAUGUUCUCCAUGCUGGGCUUCUUCAUCCAGGCCUACGUCACCGGCGAGGGGCCCUUCGAGAACCUGUGCGCCCACCUCAGCGACCCCUUCGGCAACAACCUGCUCACCGUCAUCUCCGGCGCCGCCGAGAGGGUGCCCAGCCUGUGAGCUGGCCGUUGAUUGCCCGUCCGCCGCCGUCGGCUGUUGAUGCUCAGCUGCAUGCGUGCGUGCGAUGCAGCAUGAUGUGCUGUGUGAAUUUUACCGGGGAAAAGUAUGAGAGUACGAAUGUGCCGUACGUGUAAAUUAUCAAGGGCAGAAGAAACAUGACCGUUCUGAUUUCUGA